GCCCCAAAAGUUCCUGCGUUCGCCGUAUUAUUGAAGCAGUAUGAUGUCAUGUCAGCGUGGGCACGUCAUUUCUAUACGGAACUAAUGCGAUGUGUGCAACGAUAUUCAGAGAGUAAUAAUGCUGUUUAUGUAAUAUUAUAAACACAGAUGUGUAAAUGCAGUGCGGUUAAAUAGAACCGUCUGUGUCGCUGUACUGCAGUUUACUCUAGCUAACGAGGCACUACUAAACUGAUGGACUAUUACGUUAACAUUAGCUCUGCUUGUUAAUAUACCCGAAGCUCAUCAACAUGUCACUGUGUGUUCUGAUCGCGUUUUUCUACCUAAUCUGCGCACCACCGACACUUGCAGAUUCAGGAUUUGAUCACCUGGACGGUGCACCGCCUUCCAAAAUCGCUAUUAUUGGUGCUGGAAUUGGCGGAACCGCAACUGCACAUUUUUUGCGACAGCAUUUUGGACCAGAAGUGGCCAUUGAUGUGUUUGAGAAAGGUGUGGUCGGGGGUCGCCUGGCAACCGUUACCGUUAACAACCAAGACUAUGAAUCCGGUGGCUCUAUUAUCCAUUCCCUCAACCUUCAUAUGCAGGACUUCAUGAAGCAGCUGGGACUGAAAUAUCGAAAAAGCAUUGCUGGCAAGACUGCUGUAUUUAACGGCAAGGAAUUCAUCCUGGAAGAGACUGACUGGUACUUGCUGGAUCUUUUUCGCCUGUGGUGGCGCUAUGGCAUCAGCUUCAUUCGCCUUCAGAUGUGGGUGGAGGAGAUCAUGGAGAAGUUCAUGAGAAUCUACAAAUACCAGGCUCAUGGCUAUGCCUUUACUUCAGUGGAUGAGUUGCUGCACUCUCUUGGUGGUUCAGGAUUUCUCAACAUGACCCGUCGCUCCCUGUCAGAUUAUCUGUUGGAGUUGGGUGUGUCCCAGCGCUUCAUUGAUGAAGUUGUCGCUCCAGUCAUGUGGGUCAACUACGGCCAGAACGUCAGCAUACCUGCAUUUGUUGGUGCUGUAUCCCUGGCUGGUGCACAGGCCAAUCUGUGGGCAGUGGAGGGAGGGAACAAACUGGUCGCUUCAGGACUGCUAAAACUAGCCAAGGCCAAUCUCAUCCAGGCCCAAGUUAACACAGUUUCUCUUCUCUCAAAUGGUGAUGCCCACCAGUACAAGCUCAGUUAUUCUUCUACCACCUUUAAUGGAUCUGAUGAUGUCUACGAUAUAGUCGUCAUAGCCACUCCUCUCCAGAAAAAUGUCAAAGCUGACAUCUCCUUUGAAGGUUUUGAGCCCCAGCUACCAGAUAUACCUGGUUCUUACCACCAGACAGUGGCCUCCAUCAUUCAUGGUUACCUGAACUGCAGCUACUUUGGCUUCUCUGACCCCAAGCUUUUCCCUUUCACAAGUGUCCUGACCACUGGAGCAGCUGAUCUCUUCUUCAACAGCGUCGCCAGCAUCUGCCCCGUCAACAUCACCGCAAGCUUCCGCCGUAAGCAGCCACAUGAAGCCAGAGUCUAUAAGGUCUUCUCCCCUGAACCGCUGGAAAGGAAUGAGCUAAAAACCCUCUUUAAGUCUUACUACUCAGUGCAAGUUACAGAAUGGCAGGCGUAUCCUCAAUACGGAAGCUCUCAGGAGAUGCCACCCAUGAUCCUGCACGACAACCUGUACUACCUUAAUGGAAUCGAAUGGGCAGCGAGCGCCAUGGAGAUGAGCUCUGUGGCAGCCAAGAACAUUGCACUGCUGGCGUACCAUCGAUGGACCAGGCAGCUGGAGAUGAUUGACCAAAAGGACCUCAUGCACAAGAUAAAAAUGGAACUGUGACUUUGUUGUGAUUCUUUGAUUGUAUUGUUGAGAAAAUCAGCAAGCAUUAGCUGAAUAUCUUGAACUGUGAUGUGAGAGAAAGCAGUGAUGUUAGUGGUAUUUUGAUCUCAUUUUUAAAAAGUGGGUGGCAAAUGGUAUACAACUUUAAACAUUACAUUUAAAAAAGCACGCUAUUGUUUCUGUCUUAGUCAUGGCAUUUUGCAUCUACAUCUGCUUAAAAAGAAAUAUGAUUUCUUUUUUAAAUUGUCACUUAAACUGGUCAUUGUUGUAAUUAAGAGAACACAUUUGGCAAAUCUUCAUUCUGGGGUUUUGCAGACCUAACUGCUAGUGCUUGAAUAAAGGUUUGUUUUGUUUUUGUUAAA